AUGUUGCAUAGGCACCGUUAUAGACGAGAAGGGCUGAUUGUGGAGCUAGAGUGGAUGAGAGGGGCUGGUUGUGGAGCCGGAGUUGGAGAGAGAGUGUGGUUGGAAGUGGCAGUGGGCAAGAGGGAAAGGUCGGCAAUGGCGUGGGAGGCUAGUAUGCCGGAGCUUGGUGUAAAAGUGCUUGUGACGACCGAAAAUGGGUGA